AUGGAUCUUGGUAAUCAUUCCUCAAAUUCCGACAAUUCAACAAGUGGCGCACCAACAUUAUUUGCACGAAUCGGUUUUGCAUCUGCUUGGGUUAUGAUAGCGGUAGCUGGGAUUGUGGGAAAUGGUUUAGUAAUAUUUGUGGCUAUAAGAUUUCAGAAGUUAAACAAUGUUACAAAUUGUUUUAUUGUCAAUCUUGCCGUUACCGACAUUGUCUUUUUGGCAUUUUGUAUGCCGUUACUCGUUAUUCAAUACACAUUAGAUCAAUGGUUUUUUAGUGAUAUUCUGUGUAAAUUACUCAAUUUUAUCUCAUUUGUUAGUGUACUUGUCACCGUUCUUACAUUAGUCGCAAUGACAAUUGAUCGAUAUAUAUAUGUUGUACGACCAUUCGAAAAAUUAACGUGGCGAAAACCGUCAAAUGUUUUUGGUCUCACUUUUUUUAUCUGGUUAAUUUCUUGUGUUUUUGCAUCACCAUUUUAUGAACAUUACGGUAUUAGUGAAAAACACGACGAUAAUUCAAAACAGUGCGUUCUAUUAAGUCCAGAAAAUUUACAGAAAAAAUUUCGUAUCUACAUUGUUACACUCUAUUAUUUUAUACCAUUGACAAUAAUUAUCGUCUGUUACGGAAAAUUAUUAUAUUUCGUAUCCAAAAAAGAAAAUAAACUAAAACCAAAAACGGUAAGCUUAGGAAAACAUAUAACAAUCUUCGCUUCACAAUAUUCAUAG